GUAACUACGACAGUUGAUUGAGAGCGCUUCCAUUGUGAAGUUGAGUUUCAAGUUGUUUUUGUGUGUUGUUUCUUCUUCUUCUUCGCUUUUGCUGUUUGUAUUUCGUGCGCAUUUUGUUAUUCUAUAAUAAUGUCGAAGAGCGAAGGCACGCCGAUUGUGACGCGCUCAAAUAAUUACGGCUCAACACCAGCGCAGCCGAACGUGGAAACGGGCAAUGGCAAUGGCAAUGGCAACAACAACAAUGCGCCAGCGACACCUUCGCAGAUUUUCUGUUUGCAUGGCCGCUCCAACAAUGUUGAAGUUGAAGUACGCGAUCAUUGCCACAGGGCUCGGAGUGAAGGCGUGGACUUGAAAGCACGCCGGAAGCUGAUCAUUGCUAGCAUCUUAUGUUUGGUAUUCAUGAUUGCCGAAAUCGUGGGUGGCGUUUUGUCGAACAGCUUGGCUAUCGCAACGGAUGCCGCACACUUGCUAACGGAUUUCGCCAGUUUUAUGAUCUCACUGUUUGCCAUCUGGAUAGCCGGACGUCCAUCCACGCAACGGAUGUCAUUUGGCUGGUAUCGAGCUGAGGUAAUUGGCGCCAUGGCCUCCGUCUUCAUGAUCUGGGUGAUAACUGGCAUACUCGUUUGGCUGGCAAUCGGACGACUCAUUAGCGGCGACUUUGAUGUGGAUGCCAAGAUCAUGUUGAUCACAUCGGGCCUGGCAAUUUUGGUGAAUGUCAUCAUGGGUGUGCAGCUGCAGCAUGGGCACUCGCACGGCCUGGGCGGUGGGCAUGGUCACAGUCAUGGCAACUCAAAGGCCAGCAAGAAGAAGGCGAAGAAGCAUAAGAGAUCCGUUUCACAUGCAAAUGCCACAUCGACGCCGUGUGCCGCCUCGCCCACCAAACGCAUCGAGGGCGGCGUUGCCUUCGAUCCGGAGGAUGCCGAGCUACCUGGCGCUGGUCUGCCCACCUACUCGUAUCAGAACUCCAAGCUUGUGGAUCCCAAUCUGGAUCUGGAAAUAGCUGCCGUAUUGGCGGAAACGGCCCCCGGCUCCCAUCAUCAUGGCGGUCAGGUGGGACGCGAAGCCGUCAACAUGAAUGUGCGGGCGGCUCUCAUACACGUAAUUGGCGAUGUUAUCCAGAGCGUCGGCGUCUUUGUGGCCGCCGGCGUCAUUUACUUUUGGCCCGAAUACGCCAUUGUCGAUCCGAUUUGUACGUUCGUCUUCUCCAUCAUUGUCCUGUUUACCACAUUUACCAUUAUGAAGGAUGCGCUGCUGGUUCUCAUGGAGGGCACUCCAAAUUACAUGCACUAUGCCGAGGUCUUGCAAAUAUUCCAAAGCAUUGAAGGCGUUGAGCGCGUUCACAAUUUGCGCAUCUGGGCGCUGAGCAUUAAUAAAGUAGCGCUAUCUGCGCAUUUGGCAAUUGGUGCCAAUGCGAACCCAAAACAAAUAUUAGACGCAGCCACUUCAGCGGUUCAUUUGCGUUACAAUUUCUUUGAGACGACCCUACAGAUCGAGGACUAUACGGCCGAAAUGGAGAAUUGCGUACAGUGCACGGUGCCAGAAAAAUAAAA